CAUCUGAUGACGUUUAUGGCGCCAGAAAUCAAGGGUUUAGUGAGGAGCCCGUGUCUGUCAGCUGGCGGGGUUUCACUGUUAUCUGUGCUAUGUUGGCGGCACCGUGAACAUUAGUCGUUUUCAGGCAAAACCAGCGUCUGUUUAUCCGUCAUUCGUGCUGAUAUAAAGUCGCUUUGGAGUCAAGAUGGUGAUACUACGCAGCAGUGGCGGUGUCGGAGCUGAACCGGUGGCAACAACUCCGAAGAGGAGGUCUAUGGAGUUAGAUACGAGCUCCGAGUUUCUGUCGCUGCUUCCCGCGUCGCAGAGAAAGUCCGCCCGGUUGACCCGGUCCUCCCGGGCCCAUGAUGACAGCUUCAGCAGUCCCGAAAACACCACGGCGAACGGACAUGCUGAUAUGAAGCAGAACGAGGGAAGUGGUCUCCAUCACUCUCUGAGGACCCGGGGGCAGAGAUGUAAACUAGAGGUCUCUUUUUCUGACAUCCAACCAAAGACCAGCUCCCCUGUGAACGACGACAAGGCUGGAGGAUGCUGCACCAGGAAAUCUUCCAGGCUGCAGAGAGACGGGAAAGCAUGCACUGGCAAGCAGCAAGCAGAUGUUCCAGAUGAAGUGGAGGGGUCGUCCACUCCCAAGAGGAGCCGCUUUAAUCUACAGAGCCGAGAAGAGGAGGAAGAGGAAGAUCGCUCCGUGCGACGUAGUUCCCGAAUCACCAGAUACAAACUGAAUUCCCGCAACCAGUCCGUGCUCUAUGACCGCCUCAUCACCAAUACUGCUGAAGCUGUUCUCCAGAAGAUGGACGACAUGCAGAAGAUGAGACGCAGACUGCGAGAUAGAGACACUAAAGAGGAGCUCGGCAUGUACACCAGAGGCAGAAUGAGAAGCUCUCUGAGGACGAAUGUGGACAGUAAGGACACCGAGAAGGAGAACCAAGGGGGAGAUGAAGCUGGUCAAGAGGAAGAUGGAGAUGGAGAUGAUGAUGAAGAGGAAGAAGAAGAAGAAGAUGAUGACGAUGAUGAUGAUGAUGAUGAUGAAGAUGGCGAGGAUGAGGAAGAAGAAAAUCAGAGACGUUAUGACUUCAGACAGCGAAAGACUGUGGUUCGAUACCAGGCCCCGCAGGAUGAACCCAGAGAGCCCAGGAAGCGCAGUUUGUACUUCAAGGAACACUCGUCUCCAACCAGACGCAGGUUUAGAUUCAGCUCCACGGCCCCCAGGAGCCCCUACAACAGGAGAACCAGCAGGAGUAGUUCUGAUAGGAGGAGGCAUGCCAUCCACAGUAGUGACUCCACGUCCUCAUCUUCAGACGACGAGCAGUUCCAGAGACGGAGAAGUAAGAACAGGAGCAGGUCGGUCAACAGAUGUCUGCCUAUGAACCUUGUGAAAGAAGACCUGCUGGGCAUCCACAAAGACAGGAUGAAGAUCGGAGCCAGCCUCGCUGAUGUGGACCCCAUGCAGAUAGACAGGACGGUGCGUUUUGACAGCAUUGGAGGCCUGAGCAGACACAUCUCGGCACUGAAGGAGAUGGUGGUCUUCCCUCUCCUUUACCCAGAAGUCUUUGAGAGGUUCAAGAUACAACCUCCCAGGGGCUGUCUAUUUUACGGUCCUCCAGGCACAGGGAAAACACUCGUAGCCAGAGCACUGGCCAAUGAGUGCAGUCAGGAGGAAAGAAAAGUGUCUUUCUUCAUGAGGAAAGGAGCUGACUGCCUCAGUAAGUGGGUUGGAGAAUCUGAGAGACAACUACGACUGCUUUUUGAUCAGGCGUACCAGAUGCGUCCAUCCAUCAUCUUCUUUGAUGAGAUUGAUGGUUUGGCUCCAGUCAGGUCGAGCCGUCAGGACCAGAUCCACAGUUCAAUUGUGUCGACCUUGUUGGCCCUCAUGGAUGGAUUAGAUGCCCGGGGAGAAGUUGUCGUCAUAGGAGCUACAAACAGACUGGACUCCAUCGACCCAGCUCUGAGAAGACCAGGACGCUUCGACAGAGAGUUCCUCUUCGGCCUGCCAGACAGAGAGGCAAGAAAAGACAUUCUGAAGAUCCACACCAGACAGUGGACUCCACCACCUUCGGACACUUUUCUGGAAGAACUGGCAGAUAAAUGUGUCGGUUAUUGUGGAGCAGACAUCAAGGCAGUUUGUUCAGAGGCUGCCCUGUGCGCACUCCGGCGUCGAUACCCACAGAUCUACUCCUCAUCACAGAAACUUGUGCUUGAUGUCAACUCCAUCGCCAUCACAAACAAAGACUUUAUGUCUGCCAUGUCCAAAAUGGUGCCUGCUUCCCAGAGGGCCGUAGUGUCACCAGCCAAGGCCCUGAUACCUGCCGUCCGUCCUCUGCUGAGCGCCGCCCUGCAGGAUGUCCUCCACACAGUCAGCAGAGUGUUCCCACAUGCUGAACAGGGCUUAAAAAGGAAAGGGGAGGAAGAUCUGGCCUGUGGUGUGUUUGAGGAUGAUCUGAUGUUCAGUGAGGAUGAGGACUCAGAAGUCCUCUUCAAUGGAUCGACCUCUCAGUCCCAACUCAAAACACCUGCUGUUAAGGGACUCCUCAACCUCAACAGAAGUGUGCUGAGCCACCCGACCUCCUACCGUCCCAGGCUGCUGUUGGAGGGCAGAUCAGGGUCCGGUCAGAGCUCCCACCUGGCUCCAGCUGUCCUCCACGCUCUGGAGAAAUUCACUGUCUACACACUGGACAUGGCUGUGCUGUUUGGAGCCAGCGCAACUGCCCCUGAAGAGGCUUGUGCUCAGAUCUUUGUUGAAGCAAAGCGGACUUCUCCCAGCAUUUUGUACAUCCCUCACAUCGGACAGUGGUGGGAAACUGUGGGUCCAGCCUUAAGAGCCACCUUCCUCAGCCUGCUCAGCUCCAUCCCUGCCUUCGCUCCCAUACUGCUUCUGGCUACCUGCAGCCUGCGAUACGACCAACUCAGUAUGGAGGUGCAGGAGUUGUUUCGGGUGGAGUAUGGAGAGGUUUUCCAUAUGAGAGUCCCCACCAACAGAGAAAGAAAGAGCUUCUUUGAAGAUCUGAUCCUCAAUCAGGCUGCCAAGGGCCCCUCCUCAAAAAAGAAAGCUGUGCUCAAUGCGUUAGAGGUGCUUCCCGUUGCCCCUCCGCCUCCCCGACGUCAGCUGACAGAGGAGGAGACCCAAAGAUUGGAGGAGCAGGAGGAAGAUACCCUCAGAGAGCUCCGUCUCUUCCUGCGCGAUGUCACCAACCGCCUGUCCCAAGAUAAACGCUUCAAGGCUUUUACAAAGCCUGUGGAUUUAGAAGAGGUACCAGAUUAUGCCGAAGUUAUCAAGAAGCCCAUGGACCUGUCAACAGUUCUCUCUAAAGUCGACCUCCAUCAGUAUGGGACGGUCAAAGAGUUCCUCCAAGAUGUGGAUCUCAUCUGGCAGAAUGCCCUCGAAUACAACCCAGACAGGGACCCCUCAGACCGUCAGAUCCGCCACAGAGCAUGUGCGUUGAAAGACACCGUCCACGCUAUCAUCAGAGAUGAACUGGAUGAAGAUUUUGAGAAGAUUUGUGAGGAGCUCAAAGUGUCACGCAGCACAAGAGAAUGCUCCACUGUCCGGUUCGCUCCAUCCUACUACCACGUCCUUCCCAAACAGUCCAAACCUCCUGCUGAGGCCAAGAUCGCUGACAUGACCCCACAAAGAGAGCCGACUGGACCCACAGCUGCAGUUACUCCCAAUACAAGUGCCCCAGCUGUUACUAUACUUAAAAAUACAGGCCAGAAGAAGAAAAGACGGAGGAGCCGGUGGUCUGCUGGCAACUAUGCAAAGAGGAAGUCGUCCUCUUCUCCUCACACGUCCAGAGAUGAUGGACACUUGGGGUCUGAUGAGGAUGAGGCAGAUGGGGACGAUGAGGAGGAGAAUGAGAAGGGAGGAGGAACAGAGUGUGAUGAAGGGACUGGAGGAGAGGAGGAGCAGAUGGUUGUUGAAGUAAAGUCAGGGUCUGCACCAGCUCAGGAAGGUAGUUCAGGGCCCACUGAGAAGGAGAAGGGCAGACCAGAGGAGAUGAGUCAAGCUGCUGAAGACAAGAUCGUCCUGUGUGAAACAGGGAAUGCAGAAAAUGGUGAUGAAGAAAAGGUGGAUAAGGAUCAACAAGGACAGUCAGAGAAAAACAGCAAAGCGUUGACAAAGGCAGGAAAUGAGAACAGUGGAACAUUUUCAGUGAACACUAACCAGGACAGUCACACUGAGACAGAGGCAGAUACCGAGGGACAAUCCAAUACAGAGGAGAGCGGUGAAUCUGAGAGUGACAAAUGUCAAACUGCAAUAGAGGCAGACGACAAGGACAACAAUGUGGCAGAGCAGAACAGCCCCGCUGAGCCAAUGGAGGUGGAAGCAGCACAAACCUCAUCCACAAACGUCUCUGCAGCUGUUAGAGGAGAGGAGAACACAGGCGCAGAGAGGAGCAUGAGGCGAAUAACUCAGGCUCUAAAGAACGCUGUGCAGCAGCAGCAGCAGCAGCAGCAGAUGAUCGACGUGGACAAGGCUCUGCAGAUCGUGAACCAGGAAACUCCUCCUCUGGUGGUGGACAGAGACAAGUUAAAGGAGCUGUUGGAGAGAGUAGUGACAAAGACUGAAGGCUACGAGGUGUACAAACUGGAGAAACUCUAUGCUCUGCUCUGCCAGAGUAUCUAUAGACACAGGCGAGACUACAACAAAACGGCACUUAUACAGGAGUUGGAACGAGAGAUUGAAGACUUCUGUUGACUCAGCAAGAACAGUGUGAUCAUUUUUAUUAUUAUUUUUAUCUUCAUCUUCCUUUUAGCUGUGUAAAUAUAAACGCUGGUUCUAUUUUCAUAGAAACCUACAGACAAUAGCAAUAGCUAAAUCUUUGUAUUACCUCUGUUUAUAUUUAAUUAAAUGGAUUUCCUGUAAAUGUCA